AUGUCUGUUGCGCUGAUCACAGCGGGGAGCGCCGGGCUCGGAGCCGCGGCAGUCCGGGUCUUCGCGAAGAAUGGCUUCCGAGUCGUCGUGAACUACGCCAAUAACGAAGAAAGGGCCAAUAAGCUCUUGGAAGAAUUGCCGUCCCUGUCUACUCUGCCGAGCGAUAAUUUCGUUGCUAUCAAGGCUGAUCUGGGUAGCCGGGACGAUAUCAACCGUCUUAUCAAGGAGACUGUUGAUAGAUUUGGUCGACUGGAUGUCAUAUUCUCCAAUGGUGGCUGGACUCGUUUCCGCGGGAUGGAGAGCAUUGACGAUAAUGCAUACGAGGAAGAAUGGGACCGUGCCUUUAAUAUGAAUGUAAAAUCCCAUCUAUGGCUGAUGCAGGCGGCCAAAAAGUACCUUGAGGAAACCGAAGGCGCUUUCAUUACCACGGCGUCUAUUGCUGGUGCAUAUUCCGCUACCAAGGCGGCACAGAUCCAUCUAAUGAAAGGGCUUGCGGUUAUGGCCGCCCCCAAGAUUAGAGUUAAUACCGUCUCCCCUGGGCUAUUGCUGACGGAAUGGGCAACCCGCUUUUCAGACGAGCAGAAAGAUGCCCAUCUGCAAAAGACCAAGCUUAAGCGCUUCGUUAGCGUUGAGGAUGUCGCUGAGCAAGUGCUUACUUUUGCAAAGAGCAAGAGUACGACAGGGAUCAACAUUGUGAUGGAUUCGGGGUUCAUCUUGUGA